CUCUGGCUGAAAAUCAACACUUACUGAACAAAAUAAMAUAGAUGUGAGAAUAUCAUUUCAAAAGUCACGCACAAAAUGUGCAUUUGUACAAGAAAUGCAAACAGACUUAAAUUUCUGUUUCUUGGUGAUCAUGGAGUUGGCAAAACCUGCACAACGAUUGCUGCUAUUGUUGGUUCUUAUCCCUCAAGCUACAUUCCUAGCGCAGACUUCGAGAACUGGGCUCACUACGCAACUGUUGAUGGAGUCGACUAUUUUUUAGAUGUCGCUGAAGCUCCAGGGAGAGAUUGCAAGGAGGACAUAAGGGUUCUUGCAUUUGUGGGGAUCGAACCUGAUGUUUUAUUCAUUUGUUUUGAUGUGGCAAAUAGAGCUUCGUUUGAGAGUGUGGAGCAGAAAUGGCUACCGGAAGUGAAACAUCUUGCCCCUUACUUACCAAUCGUGUUAGUCGCAAAUAAGACUGAUUUAUGGAACAGCAGUGACAGAAACUCAGGAGAUAUAGUCUCUGCAGAGGAAGGACGUUCUCUUGUGCAAAGGCUUGGGUUAGACACCUAUCUGGAAUGCAGUGCAAUGACACAUGAUGGAAUACCAGACGUUAUACCCACUGGUGUCAGAGUUUAUAAGGAUUCAAAAGCAAUAAUUAAGCGAUGCAGGAAAGUUGUACACAGAUUAAAAGUAGUAUUUUCAAACAAGCCUACUUUGAGUCGAUUUUUAAAGUGCUUGAUAACGUGUAAAUAUUCUUAUUUUGUGUAUUGUUCUAGACAUUCUUGUGUUUUACAUAUGAGAUCUCCUCCAGAAAAAGACUAUCCGAAUUGCUAUUGUCGACAGAAAAAAUAAGAUGUGAAUUUGAGGAAACAUUAAUAUUCCAUUUUAUUGGAAUUCUCAAUUCCCAAAAUUAAGAGUCAACAGAAACCAGAAUUAUCAAUAGUAUGAUCAGCAUCAAAUUACAUCAGGGAUGGUUGUACGAAGGCUGGAUAGCAGUAUCCACCAGAUAACUAUAAAUCUGUGGAAUAUUUCUUUUGCAUUUGACGGUCACAUGGUACUAAAUCCGCCAUUAUACUGGAUGGCAAAAGAAUGUAAACUACCUCAAAUACAAAAGGAACACAGGCUGUCAAGCUUGACUUUUCUUUGUUUUGAACAUCCCAGUGGGAAUUUUGCCCUCCAGUAUGGGGGAUUUAGUACCAUGUGGACAUUAAAUGCAAAAGGACUAUUCCACAGAUUAUCCAGUGGUAUGUUUCUGGAAUAGUACUGACAUGAUAGUGUUACAAGCAUGCAUUUACAUUAUAUCAGCUUUUAGUAUAAACAUACUAAUGGUCUAUCACUCAUACUGUGCUGCGAUUGGCUACUCUACUAAAGGUCUAAUUUGUGAUAGACCACUCGCGG